GACAAGGCAGAAGCAGGGGAAGGUGGUCAGGGUGUAAUAGGUACUGGAUGGAGACACCGGCAGGUUUACAAACACCUCUGGUGAGCACGCCAGUACAGGCGAACAUCCAGACACCUGCCCAACCAAUGCAAAUGGUGGCGACGCCAGUAGCCGCGCAACCGACUAUCCAGCUGCCACCUGGACCUUCGGGCUACUUUCCAUAUGGAUGGCAGCAGCCAACACCUCCGCCUCCUCCUCCAUCGUGGAAUUAUGGGCAGCGGCAACCGAGUGCUAACUCUUUUCCUGGACCAGGGCAAAGAGCUUGGUUCACGAAAGAGCACUUGGACCUGAUAGAGAAGUGGAAGACAAGAGACAUCGCUGAAGAUUCCAAGAAAUCAUCACAUGGAGAAUCAAGCGUUGCCACGUCAUCGAGAGGAGGUGGCAAGAAAGGGAAAGGGAAAGACAGCGUGAGUGACAGUGAGGCUCGGAUCAAAGCAUGGAUUGCCAGUACAUUCGGCGGAUCUUUGAAGAAGAUCGCCGAUAAACUGGAAGAUGUCGACAGGAAGACGACCGUGGCUUUGGACAAAAAGGGGAAGAAGAAGGUAAAGGAGGAACCGGCCACGGAUGGAGGGAACUCCCGUCGGGAUAAGACGAGAACAAACUCACACGUGGAUGAGAAGCAUGAGAUGGCUGUUAACACGGCCGACGGGAAGCAACUAGACGAAAUUGAAGGAAUGCUGCAGGCACUAAUGACCGGGCUGAAUCAAAACGCGGCAAGCAAGAGUUGUGCCGAAAGUGAAGCAGUGGUCGAAGAGACAAGCAGCGGGAAAGGAACGGAGGAACCCGUUACUUGCGACGGAGUGACGAAGGACAUAGGGAGGGUAGCUGAGAUGCAAAGUGAGGUGUUGGAAUAUAUGAGGUGCAGGUUGGACUACUACAUGACCAAGACGUACAAGGAGAUCAAGGCCUUGUGUAAGAGUAGGAACGCGCGAUGUGAGAGGAAGGAUAAAGGGGCAUGGGAAUUGGCGAAGCAGGACACAAACCAAUUUUCGAAAUUGGUCAACAACACCGAAGAAGAAGACAAGGAUCUGACUAACGAGGAAGCUGACGAUGAAAACGCUGACGACGAGAACGAGGCUGACGGCGAUGAAGAAGAAACAGAAGACGAGGACAACGACGAAGUUGCUGGAAACUAGAUCUCUAAACGGAGCCUACUACGGCUUUCCAAAGAGACUGAGUCGAUGGUUGGAACGGUCUGAUCAUGACUCGGAUGGUGAAGAUAGGACGCUGAUUAGCGAAGUCAAGUCGACCUUCCGUUUUGGAACAAUUUUUGUGUGCGUGUAUGGAUACUUGAGUUGGGGGCGUACUUUCGUGAAAUAAUGGCUUAAUUUAAGUAAAGACGAACUGAGUAGAAUUUGCUCGGUUGAAUCCUGUGUCUAUGUCAACAUCUCGCCAUUUUGUAAACCAACUUACGUCG